AUGGGAAAUUCGAGAAAAAGGUGGGUUUUUCUGGGAGAAAAUUGGUUUUUAUUGAAAUUUUUGAUUUUUCAGGGGUGGAGGUGGAUUUGAAGGUGGAAUUAUCGAUUUUUCGAAUGUGGGAAGUCAGGAACUGCUAGAGAGCUCUCUAACUCUCAUCGGAAGUGAUUUUUGAGGUAAAAAUUCAACAAAUUUCAAUUUUUUUGCCAAAACUUCUAAUUUUUCAAGUUUUCGCGCUGAAUUCUUUUAAAUUUUCAAAAACCAGUUGUUUUGUUGUUGGAAAAUCCGGGUUUUUAGCGCGAAACUUAAAAAAUUCCGCAUUUUUUGCAACGACACUCCGCUUACCCGUUGUUUAACGCAAAGGAAAUUUUUUAAUUUUUCUUUUUUUUUCGCGCGUUUUUCGGGGUUUGGGGAAAAUCAGUGGAUUUUCAGACAAAAACUGGUUUUUCAGAUGUUCUACAAGGCUGGAUAUAGAUUUCAAUGGGAGAUUCGAGAAAAGGUUGGUUUUCCGGGGAGAAAAUUGGUUUUUAUUGAAAUUUUCGAUUUUUCAGGGGUGAAGGUGGAUUUGAAGCUGGAAUUGUCGAUUUUUUGAAUUCGGGAAAGUCAGGAACUGCUGCAGAACUCGUCAAUUUCAUCAAAAACCGUGUUUUGAGGUAAAUAUUUAACAAAUUUCAAGUUUUUGAGCCAAAACCUCUAUUUUUUCACGUUUUCGCGCUGAAUUCUUUUAAAUUUUCAAAAACCAGUUGUUUUGUUGUUGGAAAAUCCAGGUUUAGCGCGAAACUUAAAAAAACCGCAUUUUUUGCAACGACACUCCACUCUUGCCCGCUGUUUAGCGCAAUCGAAAAUAUUUUUAUUUUUCAAAAUUUUCCCCUUCAAAACCUUACACAAAUCGGUUUUUCAGAGAGUUGGGCUAA